CAUUUUUUCACAGGAGAAAAUGUGAAAGGGUGCAUGGGACACCUGGGUGCACAUAUAAUAUGCUCUAACAUAAGAGUAUAAGACGAGAUUUAAUCUUAAACCUUGGUUAUCCUCCCCUAAAACAUUACUCCCAAAUAUGAUGAUAUCCACUUAAAGAAUGCAUGAUGUAUCUCAACUUCUCAACCUAUAAACAAUUUGUACAACAUAUAUCCAAGGUUUCCAAAAAUACUGCAUAGUACCCUUAUACCUUAGUGAUAACAAAAUGUUAAAUUUUUGGUAUUCCGACGCACUGGUGGAAUACUCCGACGUCAAUGAUUUGGCUAAGACCUCAACAAGGCACUUUUUGUGGCACUAUCUUAUCCUAUGAUUCUUCAUAUUCUCGAAACUAGAAACUAAAAUUGGAAAUGAUAAACAUAAAAGUACUCGGUAAUAAAAUAAGUAGAGAAAGGAGGGAGUACAACGUAUAUUGACAACUUGGGUGACUUUCAAUAACCAAACGGAAUUGAGUCCUUCUGCAGUAAAGUCUACAUUGAAGGUUCUUGGAACUUUGGGCACCAAAUCGCUCGAUAGAUGAGGUAAAGGUGGAUUCCAUUCCUUUUUCUUCUAACUAUAUAAAGAUCAGAGCACUACUAGGAAUUCAGAUUCAUAAGCUGGUCGCAGAAUGGAAGAAGAUACUGAUGAUAUUGCUGAUAUGUUCUACAAACUGCAGGAGGAAGACAGGAAGUGUAAGAAACAACUCAAGGAGAGAUCCGUUCUCAAUGAUGUUAGAUUUCGUUUUCAACCCAUACAUCGUCAGAUUUAUCACUCAAACCCUGAAGUUGAUGUGCAAGCAGCAUCUGACCGGCAGCUUCCAAGGGAGGAAAUCCUGCCGUCAUUUUCAAGGGCAUAUAUAACAUCCUCAGCUAAGGAAGACAAAAAUAACGAUGCUUCAACAGUCAAAUUUGAAGGGAUGAAUAUAAGGCCUAAUUUAUUCCCAACACUGCAAAAGAUUUGGUCGAAGCAUGGGAACAUUGUAGAAAAUAGCUUGAUAUCUAAUGGUGACAACAUAGCAAGGUUACUUGAGUCUCUAGCAAGUAGCAACUAUGAUACUCAUCCUUGAGGAAAACUCACCCCAAUCAUUGAGUGAUUUCCAUGCUGAUUAUCUGAAGUCCGCAUUGUCUGACCUAAAAUGCGUGCGUUUUCAAGUAGAGUGGUUAGUCCCUUGUGUUGAGAAGGCUUUAGAACUACACAAAACUAAUGCAACAAUGAAGGAACAAAGAUCAAACCUGCUGAAUAAAAUAGCCAAACUAGAUGAAGAGUUGACUAAGUUGUCUAGUAUGGAUUUUCACCUACCUUUCUGAAGAGGUCUGGAGGAUUGACGUGAACUCAGUUUGAGUUGGCUGUUGGUUCCAGUAUUUAACUUUUUACUUUUUUUUUUUUUUUUUAUAACAACUUUUAUGUAAGAAAAAAGGUGGAAAGUAAUGACAUACUCCUUAUUUUGCCAAUUACUUGGAUAAAACCAAUGUUGAUUCAAAUCAAAGUUCUUUAUUUUGAAUAUAGUUU